UUUGUUUAUUCGCUUGAUUUACAGUUAAACACAACCGCGGCUUAAGUAUUUUAAACUCGGUCGUAAUCAUGGUUUCAGAGUUACGUUGUUCGAGCAUCAAGUGCCACCGUUUGCUCAAACGUUUGGUCCACGUCGGGAAACGGAAGCUUGAAAAGUUUGAACGACAUAGCCCAGGCAAGUUACUUAACCGCCACUUAUUGUGUAAGGCUUUAAGUACUUGGAAGGCUAUGCGUUCUUCACAGAAUCCCCAUAAUUGUUGGUCUCUUAUAGAGCCUUCGUGUUCAAUCAGCUCUCAGUGGGAUGAAGAUUGUGAAUUUAUCAGUGUUUGUGAUUUAACUGUGUCGGACCCUAGUUAUUGCGAUCUGUUGUCUAAUACAUCCGUAGACAGUGUUGAUAAGGAUGUUAUAUCUAGUGAUCAUGGUUAUGCGUCACCCAUUUUAGUUAUAGGUUCUAAUCAAUAGUUAUGCACAUAUUGAGUUUCUUAAACUUAUAUAACUUAUUCCCUUUCUCUUAACCCGACUACACAAUAGGCGGCCUUUAAAGAAAGGAUAAAAAGUUCAGAAUUGCUCUUGGUACCAAUGUCUUUCCACAUGAGUUUGGUGUCUCUGUCGCUGCAUACCUCAAGAUUGAUUCCCAAACUCUAUUACUUUGUAUCAGACGAACAUUUGUACAUAGUUUUCCAAUAAUAAUUUGUUGAAUUCC